CCUAGCCAGAGCGGGCUAACAGCAGAUACCAGCAAGGGCUGAGCCUUCCAGAUGUGAGAGUCCAGGUGCAGGCACCCGGUUGACAGCAGGGUCGCCUACAGAAGAGCCAUGCCCAGGUACACAGUGCACGUGCGCGGAGAAUGGCUGGCUGUGCCCUGCCAGGAUGCCCGGCUCACAGUGGGCUGGCUGGGCCGCGAGGCCGUGCGGCGCUACAUGAAGAACAAGCCGGACAACGGUGGCUUCGCGUCGGUGGACGCCGUGCGCUUCCUCGUGCGCAGGUGCAAAGGUCUAGGCUUGCUGGACAACGAGGAUCUGCUGGAGGUGGCUCUGGAGGACAAUGAGUUCGUGGAAGUGGUCAUAGAAGGAGAUGCAAUGUCCCCUGACUUCAUUCCCUCACAACCAGAAGGAGUUUAUCUAUACAGCAAAUAUAAAGAGCCGGAAAAGUUUAUCGCCUUAGAUGGGGACAGUUUGACCACCACAGACCUGGUCAACUUGGGAAAGGGACACUACAAAAUAAAGCUCACUUCAAUUGCUGAAAAGAAGGUACAGCAGUCCAGAGAAGUCAUAAAUAGCAUCAUCAAAGAACAGACAGUUGUAUAUGGUAUUACUACAGGUUUUGGGAAAUUUGCCAGAACCGUAAUUCCUGUCAAUAAGCUACAGGAGCUUCAGGUCAACCUAGUUCGUUCCCAUUCUUCAGGUGUUGGAAAACCACUCAGCCCUGAGAGGUGCCGGAUGCUCUUGGCUUUAAGGAUCAAUGUCUUAGCCAAAGGUUACAGUGGCAUUUCCCUGGAGACCCUCAAACAAGUCAUUGAUGUAUUUAAUGCCUCCUGCCUGUCGUACGUGCCAGAGAAAGGAACUGUUGGUGCCAGUGGAGACCUUGCCCCGCUGGCUCAUCUUGCGCUUGGGUUAAUUGGAGAAGGGAAGAUGUGGUCCCCAAAGAGUGGCUGGGCUGAUGCGAAAUAUGUCCUAGAAGCUCAUGGGUUGAAACCAGUUGUUUUAAAACCAAAAGAGGGCCUGGCACUAAUCAAUGGGACACAGAUGAUCACCUCCUUGGGCUGCGAAGCUGUGGAGAGAGCCAGUGCCAUUGCCCGGCAGGCUGACAUUGUGGCAGCCCUGACCCUUGAGGUGCUGAAGGGCACCACCAAAGCCUUCGAUACAGACAUUCAUGCCGUCCGCCCUCAGCGUGGGCAGAUUGAAGUUGCUUUUCGGUUCCGGUCGCUCUUGGACUCAGAUCACCACCCAUCAGAAAUUGCAGAGAGCCACAGGUUCUGCGAUCGUGUUCAGGAUGCGUACACCUUACGCUGCUGUCCCCAGAUGGUCUUCGCCAGUAGAGGAGAAACUAUUUCUGGAGGAAACUUCCAUGGUGAAUACCCAGCCAAAGCCCUGGACUACUUGGCCAUUGGUGUCCAUGAGCUAGCUGCGAUUAGUGAGAGAAGAAUCGAAAGGCUCUGUAAUCCUUCCCUCAGUGAGCUGCCAGCCUUCCUAGUGGCUGAAGGCGGCCUCAACUCUGGGUUUAUGAUAGCCCACUGCACAGCAGCGGCCCUCGUUUCAGAGAGCAAGGCUCUGUGCCACCCCUCGUCCGUGGACUCCCUCUCCACCAGCGCUGCCACCGAGGACCACGUCUCCAUGGGCGGAUGGGCAGCCAGGAAGGCCCUCAGAGUGGUGGAGCACGCGGAACAAGUGCUGGCCAUCGAGCUCCUCGCAGCCUGCCAGGGCAUAGAGUUUCUACGCCCCCUGAAAACAACCACUCCACUGGAGAAGGUCUACGACCUGGUGCGCUCUGUUGUAAGGCCCUGGAUUAAAGAUCGCUUCAUGGCUCCGGACAUUGAGGCGGCACACAGGCUGCUACUUGAGCAGAAGGUUUGGGAAGUGGCUGCACCAUACAUUGAAAAGUACAGAAUGGAGCAUAUUCCAGAAUCAAGACCUGUUUCCCCAACCGCCUUUUCCUUGGAAUCCCUACGCAAGAAAUCCAUCAAAAUCCCAGAGUCUGAAGACUUGUAG